UUCACAGUAUGAGAGUAUAUCACGUUCAGCUUAGUGAAUUGCGAUAUCAAAUCAGUUUAGUCAUCUCGUUUGCUGGCAUGGGAUUUCCAACAUUAGUAUGUUCUGCCACAAUUUGCCAUUCGUCAUCCCAUCGUUUUACGUAGCAACGCAAUGCGCUGUUAUUACUAUAUAAUCUCGCCUUUGCGUCACCUCACUACCUUCUUGUUUCCUUUAAACCCUCUCAAGUAUUGCAAAUGCGCGUCGAGCCCUAUAAUCCGGACACAUGAACAACUUUAUGAAUGUGCCCCUUGGACCCAACUCAACCUCUCCGUACUACCAGGAUGGCUACUGGUCCAAUAUCGAUCCUGCGCUCCUACAGAGCCCCAAACACAAUCUGCUCCCUGAUAACGACCAGGACGGCAUGGACUUUUCAUUCCUGGCCGACAAUUCGCAACGGGAUCAAUGGUCUCUGCUGGAUGAUAGUAAUCUCUUCCAGACACCAAACACCAAUACUGCCAUCAAUCUUCCGAACUUGGAUCCAUUUCUUGAACACAACGACACUAACUUCCAGAACUGGCAAUAUCCAGCUCCACCAAGGUCUGCCGGACCUUUUCAAAACUCCAAAACAGACCCACCGCCAUACAACGCCCUCCCAUAUCGUCCUCUUACACGCUCACAGUCCAAAUUCCAGCCUUACACGCCUCCAAGCCUCGAUCUUACCCCUGAACCCACCCAUCUAGAAUCCAGCACUAACCUCUUCGAAACACAACCCCCAAAGCCGCAAGUCCCCAAAAAAUACCUCUCUUUCCAUGACGACUUCGGCUCCACGGACGCCGCAAUCGCCUUCCUCACUCAAGUCCAGCGCGCACCCUUCAUCGACCCAGCCGCAGACCCGACCAUCGCCGCCAUCGAAUCUCAUGCCACCCACCACGUCCGCCGCAUCUACACCGCCAUCGUCGACCAGUCGCGCAUCCGCGACAACCCGUCCGCACGCGUCCUGACACGCUUCAACGGUUCCGCAGCCUCGUUCCCGCCCGCGCUCAUCGUCGCCCGCAGCUACACCGUGCUGGCUGCCCUACUGCGCGCCGUCAAGAUCGGCUGGACAGACGACGUGGCCGGCGAUGUGGCACUGCGCAGCAAGUUUGCACGCGACCGCGAGUGUAAUGCCGAAGAGCGACUUGCGAAUGUGUGUGCUGCCUUGGCGGCUGAGAAGCAGGUUGCGCUUGAUGUUAUGAAUGGUGAGGUGCAGCGGCUGGUGCAUGCGCCGCUCGAGGUGGCGGGGAGUAAGGCGCGCAACCGGGUGAGUAAUGCGGGCAAGGCGAGGGUGCUGAUGAGGGCGAAGGAGGGGAGGAAAGGGCAGGGAAAGGGGACGACAGGGAAAGGGGGGCAGUACUGAUUGGUUUCUGAUCUGCCAUGUGUGGUGGUGUUGACAUUGGGUGCCCGUGGAUAUUUGUUGAGAACGCUAGUCGUUUGGAUGGGUGCUGAUUAUUCUAUUACAUACGCUAUCUUUGGGGAAUGGUGCUUUUUGAAUGGAGCAG